CCGCCAUCCCAGCCACCGUCCAGAAGGUUGUAUCCUGCCUCCGCCUGCAUUCACUUCCUGUAUCACCUCCCAUUCUCCCCGCUCAUUGAAUUAUCGGACUGUCUAGAAUGGUCUACAUGAACAUAACCUCGGAAUUUCGCGAACUGUUGCGCGAGAAAGAGAAGUUGUACCCCGACGCGAAGAGGCGGAAGCUUUCCAGGCGUGAGCCCCCGCGACCGACUGGCAUUGACAAGGAAUACCUCAGGGAGGCAUGCACCAUAUUGGAUCAUAUAAACACUCUAACGCGCAUGUUGGCGUCCAUCCGCAAGCCAUACCUCAAUGUCGAUGCCCGCCCGUCCCCCCUUUCCAGAAAGGGUACAAGAAAUAUAGAUCUUGCGGGCGCCGAGUCCUGGGCUGGUAUUAAGCAGCUCACGAACGAAGAACGAGAUCAAAUCGACUUGCAAGCGCGCGUUAUUCUCAGUCGCUGCGCGGAUCGAGUAAAGGAGAUGGAGGCAUUAGAAAAGAAACGCGCCCAGCUAGUAUCACAGAAUGCGAACCCAUUGAACCGGUUCUUGCCUGCACGGUUACGGCAGGACGACUCCAACAAAGCCUCUGACUUCGUUGCCGCCCAUCACGCUGGGAUCACCUGGUACCUUAAUAGACGACUUACAGAGGCAAGCCAGGCGCAGAAAGAGAUGCAAGAGGAGCGCGUCAAGAGGCAGCUGGAGCGCACGAAGACAUUGGGCUCUGGCGCCGCACGCGAAGCAGCGGGCCUGGGCGCAGUCGACCACGUCUUUGCGCAGAGCCAAGCAGCACGCGUUACGGGCGGUAGCUGGCUGGGAGAUGCCGUCGCGACUGCCAUCGGCGCGACACCCUCUACAUCCUCGUCAUCCACCGCGCCUCCCGUGGUCGACGACUACGCCUCAACGGUCUCUGACGACGAGUACGACGACCUCGAGCUGUCCUCGUCACAGAUACAGCAGUUCGAGGCGGAGAACGCAAGCAUUCUGCGCGGAGUGCAGGACACUCUGGAAGCCGUGCAACAAGCAGAGUCGCGACUGCAGGACAUCAGCGCGCUUCAGAUGGAACUAGUCACGCAUCUCACGCAGCAAACGGAACUUACAGACCAACUUUACGAAGAUGCAAUAUCAGCUACGGAGACGGUCGAGAAGGGUAAUGUGCAGCUUCGGGAGGCAAGGCGGCGAGCGAAGGAUAGUAGAAUAUUCGUCCUUGUCUUCUUGUUGGGCGCAAGCUUCAGCUUGCUCUUCCUCCAUUACUACUGAUAAAAGCCACUAUGAUCAUGCUCGGCCCUCGGGCGCAUGCCUUCGCUCGAGACCAAUGGAAU